CCCUAACCCCGGUCUCGUAGUGAAGUUCAAGCAAGUUCGAGUUCACUUUCAAUUCAUUAAUACCAACUCCUAAUAAGCUCCCUUCCUUCCCACUUAAUCCGUACACAGUGACGGACUCAGUCUACAGUCUACCGUUUUGUUGGUCCACGAACCUCAGCCCCUUGCGCCAAUCAACUUUUCACACACAUUUCAUUCCGUCUCGUCUUCGACACACAGUGCGGCCAAGAAGUUUCUAUCUCACUCUACGUCCACCCUCCACCCUCACCUCAUUUGCUUGCGCCACCUCAUUUCAUAACAACCAUGUCCCAGCUCCAACCACAUCCCCCAAACACCCCCCCUCCACCAGACAAAGAACUCCCUGCAGCCCUCAACCCAGAUGUCCUCCACGCCGCCAUCGCAUCCCUCUCACCGGCGCUCGAACUCCUCGAGCGCUUCCACCACCGCAACAAGAACCAGCACCGCUUGUCGAAAUGGUGGGCGCAGGCCGACAUGCUGCGGCGGCAUGUGCGGAAGAUGUUGGGCGAGCUGGAGGCCGGGUUAGCGGAGGCGGAGCGGGUUGCAAAGGCCAGGGCGAGGGAUGAGAAGAAGAUGAAGCAGAACCUAGGGAGGCUGCUCUUGGUGGAUGGGGUGAGGAAGAAAAGCGGGCAAGGAGGUGAUGAGAAUAAGGGGGGGAUGGUGGUGGCGGUCAAGAAAAGGGCAGAGUACCUGCGUUGGAGGCUUGGACCGGGGGCUUACCUCGCAUUUACCCAGUUAUCAGCCGAUAGGCAGUUCGCGCACCUCGGCCUGAUGCUUCUCGGAGUAUUAGCACAGGUGGACAAGGCCGUUGUGCCGUUCGCUCCAGAAGUGAGCACAGAAGCAGCCGGGGAGCGAGCAGCAGUAUCAGAUGCUCAGACAUCCGGGCGAGGAAGUGGGACUGCAGGAGAUCGAGGCACAGCCGAUACAGACGCGGCUAUAAGGACGGGUGUAGAUGUUGACAUGGGCGUGGCCGUCUCCAGGGAGGAGGUCUUGGCAUCCAUCGAGCAGAACGAGAAGACAAAGGCAUGCGCUAUGUCCUCCCUACCCAGCAAACCAUCAGUUCAACUGCGGAGGGAAACGGCCGCGGCAGGCCGGCAAACAUCUACUGCAGCAGAGGCAGGAACAGAUAAGGCAGUGAGCAAAGAGACAAACAACAGCACCGACGUCUCAAUAGAAUGUUUAAAGUCAAAGAAGACGAAAGAGAAGAAAAGGGCAGGCGACGAGUUCGACGACAUUUUCGGGGCGCUGGACAAGAGCAGUAGCAACAAGGCGCCCAAGAAGAAGAAGCGGAAGAAGGGGGAUGAGUUUGACGAUAUCUUUGGUGGUCUGUCAUAAAGCAUGGUUCUGCUUCACUUGGCUCUCAGUAUGUAAGGGAGGGCGGUCGUGAGAGAUGCCGAGCAUAAGGUAGCUCCCGCGUACCUACACUUCAACGUGAGGAGCGGAAGCAACGCAGCAGCAAACACUGAUUAGAACUUCUCUACCAGGGAUCACUGCACUGUAAUCGUGUAAAGUGAGAUUGGAGAUUACGCUCAAACAAGAAGAAUCACAGGAACCCAUCCAUCCCGUCCAACCGACCAGGCAAAAGCCACUCCGUCCAAGCAAUUUCCUGACGCCGCGACAUCCAGAAGGAAAACCGCCCACGUCACUCCGACCCCGUACAUCUAAAACCAACAAAUCGAUGAACCGACCCUCUUUCCAACGAUAAGUGACAUCUCCCACCAGACAAAUCUGAGAGCAGUUCCCGUUGUAUGCCGGCUUACACGCGAGGUUUUCUGCACCUACACGCU